AUGUCUCGACCUGCACAUCUGAACCAUGAGAAACGGAUUUCGGCGUUUGCGCAAACUAGAAAUACCCACAACCCGACGUGGACUCCAUUUAAUAAGUAUGAUAAAGAAAAAAAACAGGACCAUUUAAAACCCAAAGCAAAUAUUUUACUGGAACCAGAUGUUAAACUUAAUGAUAACAUUGAUAACGACUCACAACCUUUAAACAAAACCUUGGAUUUAUAUGAAUUUCAAGAAAAUGAUUUAGAGGAAAAAGCAUCAAAAUCGCCUGAGUACGACAAGCUGGAAGAAAAAACUUACACUCCAUUAAAAGCUGUAAAUUUUGAUUGCUAUCCAAUUUUGACCAAAAUUGACACGAAUCUAAAUACUGACCAUAGAGACUAUGAAGACAAUGAAGACUUUAGCGAGUCACGUGACACAUCCUCAUAUGUACCCGAAACGGAAAUAGAGUCUGAGGGAGGGGAAGAGGAAACUAUUAUUCCAAUUUUUAAGACCAUAAACGUAACUUGCCCUGAAUCAACUUUAACAAAGGACGAACCCUCGGAAAAGCCCCAUAUUUCUAACAUCGAAACUAAUAAUUCCAUUGUUGCCCUUUCACAUAGAAAAAACAGAGUUUGGGAUAGAAAGAAUUUCUGUCCAAUUUGUUUCGUAGAAGUGAGUCAUUUUGCAAGACAUUUGGAAAGAAAUCAUGCUGACGAAAGUCGAGUAAAAAAGAGUUUAUCUUUUCCAAAAGGAUCUAAUGAAAAGAAAACCUUAUGGGAUUCUUUACGCAAGGAAGGAAAUUUUCAUUUGUUUAGAGAAGAAAAAAAAGUGGUGGCUGUUGGAAGGCCCACGGAAGCCCAAGCAUUAGACUUUGACGAUUUUGUUGCUUGCGAAAACUGUUCUGGGGUGUACAAAAAAAAAUUUUUCUAUAAGCAUGCUAAAAAAUGCCAAGACAAACACACUGGUACAAAGUGUGGGCGACUAAAUGCCUUAACUCAAUCCCAAACAUUUUUAGCGGCUUCUCGCUGCCAAAACAGUUUUUUAUCACAGUCAAGAUUAAAGAAAGAGGUAUUUUGCAUUAUGAAAGCAGAUAAAAUAAGCGCCACCGCAAAAAAUGAUAUUUUAAUAUGUUUAUUCGGGGAAACCCAUCUUAAAAAACAUAAAAGAAAGCAAAUUGUAACAGUAACGUCCAACAAAAUGAGACAAUUAGCAAGACUUUUGAUUGCUCUUAGAGAGUUCACACCUGUUCAGAACCUAAUUGAUGCUAUGAAACCAGAAUUAUUUGACGAUUUAGUUACGGCCACAAAAGUAAUUUCGGGAUUUAGUAAUGCCGAUAAAAGCUUUAAAUCUUCAUCAUUAGCACUUCAUAUGGGUACCACUUUAAAACAAGUAUGCGAUAUAAUUAAUCGAAUGAUUUUAAAAAAAUCCCCAUUAUUUACCUUUAAAAACCCUAAUGAGGAAAAAAAAGCAUUCGAGAUUUAA